ACUGGCCUGAAGAGGAGAUUUUUGAAAUAAAAUACCAGCAGAAAUCCUUUCAUACACCUUUAGUAGUCUGUGAUACACUGGGGGAGAAGAAGGGGGGGCAAAAAAACCCAAUGCUGCUUUAGAUCUAAUUAGAAUGUAGUUAAAAUGAUUCGUUUAAACAUGUCUACGUUCUCUUGUUAGGACAGGAGGUUUGUUUGUGCAAACAUCUUUGCAUGUAUAUCAUGCAUGAAGCUUUAUUGAUACUGAGCAGUUUGUGCCAACGGGGCUGUAGAUUGGGGCACUUUCCAGCCUUGUGCACCUUCUUCAGGCUAAACCUGAAUUACGCCUUUGAUUUGUUAAAAUGACUUCAUCAGAUAACGAUGAGGCCGGGAGUGAUGUAUCAGAAUCUUUGGAAGUCCCCAAUUUCCCAAGCCAUUAUGGCGACUCGGGGAGUUACUACAAAUCCAAAAGUUUACCAGUCCUCAACGGAGGCUGUCCCGCAGCUGACAAGGCUUUGGAACCAAAACUUCCAUCUACAUUAACUUCAAUCCAUACAGACCGAGUUGUAUUUACUGGCUUGCAGGGAAAAAGUGACUCGAGCCAGCUGGACUCUCCAACCCAAACCGACUUCUCACCUUCUAGCAUGUCCAGCAUGGUGGGUCUAAGCAGCUCUACGAGACCUGACAACAACAGGGCUGGAGGCAAAAAAAUAGGUUUCCCUUUAGCAAGGAUUGUGGGGUUCCCAGCGAGGCAGUACGUCAGGGUGAUUCUGGCGGACUCGAGGUGUUUCCUGUUCUGUAUGUGCUACCUGACAUUCAUCCAGUCACUCAUGGUUUCAGGUUACCUGAGCAGUGUGAUCACCACCAUUGAGAAGCGGUACAGCUUGAGGAGCUCUGAGUCAGGACUGUUGGUGAGCUGCUUCGAUAUUGGAAGCCUGCUUGUUGUGGUCUUCAUUAGCUAUUUUGGGGGUCGGGGGCAAAGGCCGCGCUGGUUGGCCGUCGGUGGGAUUUUCAUAGCCGUAGGAGCGGCUUUGUUCUCCCUUCCCCACUUCAUCUCGCCCCCGUACCAGAUCCAAGAAGUGAACUCCUCUACAGGAAACGAGGGUCUCUGCUUGAACGGAAAUGCCAGCAGUCGAGACAGCUUGGGCAUUGCAUCAUGCCCACGGGACCAGGAGGGAAAAGAGCAUUCUAUCUACGUAGCACUCUUCAUCUGCGCCCAGAUUCUGGUGGGAAUGGGUUCCACACCUAUUUACACUCUCGGCCCAACCUACCUGGAUGACAACGUGAAGAAGGAGAAUGCCUCACUUUACCUAGCUAUCAUGUACGUGAUGGGCGCUCUGGGUCCUGCGGCUGGGUAUCUCCUAGGAGGAGUCCUCAUAGGCUUUUAUGUGGAUCCCAAAACCAUAGUUAAUAUUGACCAGAGUGACCCACGCUUUGUAGGCAACUGGUGGAGCGGCUUUUUGCUGUGUGCCAUCGCCAUGCUGCUUGUCAUUUUCCCCAUGUUCACCUUCCCCAAGAAACUACCCCCUCGCCACAAAAAGAAGAAGAAAAAGCUUGGGACUGACGAUGACACGGCCAGCGAGGAUUACGUCAUGAAGGAGAAAUCCAACAGCAAAGGUCAAACGGUGACCUCUUCCAUGGGCUUUGGGAAGGACAUCAAAGAGCUCCCCAGGGCAGCCGUGAGGAUCCUGAGCAACAUGACCUUCCUGUUUGUGAGUCUCUCUUACACAGCCGAAAGUGCCAUCGUCACCGCUUUCAUCACCUUCAUCCCCAAAUUCAUCGAGUCACAGUUCGGGAUCCCUGCCUCCAACGCCAGCAUCUACACAGGAGUGAUUAUUGUACCCAGUGCUGGCGUGGGCAUCGUAUUGGGCGGCUACAUCAUCAAGAAGCUGAAGCUCAGCGCUCGUGAGUCGGCCAAGCUGGCGAUGAUCUGCAGCGGAGUAUCGCUGCUGUGCUUUUCCACACUCUUCAUCGUGGGUUGUGAGAGCAUCAACCUGGGGGGCAUCAACAUCCCAUACACCACAGGGCCGACUCUGACGCUGACUCACAGGAACCUGACAGGCAGCUGCAACGUGAACUGUGGCUGUAAGAUAAACGAGUAUGCACCAGUCUGCGGCUCUGACGGCAUCACCUACUUCAACCCCUGUCUGGCAGGCUGCAGCACGGUCGGCAACGACAGCACUGGGAUCAGAAACUACACAGACUGUGCGUGUGUACAGAGCAGGCAGGUCAUCACUCCUCCCACCGGUGGCCAAGGUAGUCAGCUCCAGCUGGUCAUCGUGAAGACCUACCUGAACGAGAACGGUUUCGCCGUGUCUGGGAAGUGCGACCGCACCUGCAACACACUCAUCCCCUUCCUCGUCUUCCUCUUCAUCGUCACACUCAUAACUGCUUGUGCGCAGCCCUCCGCCAUCAUCGUCACUCUCAGGUCAGUAGAGGAGCAGGAAAGACCGUUCGCUUUAGGAAUGCAGUUCGUGUUGCUGAGAACGCUCGCCUACAUCCCUACGCCCAUCUACUUCGGCGCUGUGAUCGACACCACGUGCAUGCUGUGGCAGCAGGACUGCGGCGUGCACGGCUCGUGCUGGGAGUACGACGUCACCUCGUUCCGCUUCGUCUACUUCGGUCUGGCCGCCAGCCUCAAGUUCGUCGGCUUCGUCUUCAUCUUCCUCACCUGGUACUCCAUCAAAUGCAAGGAGGAUCGGCUGGAGCGCCGGCGCCCGAGCCUGCCUCCGCUCAGCACGGUGAGUGAGUUCGUGUGUCAGGUGGGUGCCCGCAAGUGCCACGCACGUACUCGCUCAUGCCCGGCUUUUACGCUCGAUCCAGCACCGCUUCACCAUGGCCACAGCAGCCAGAGCUGCCCAGGAAAUGCGCUCAAAGCAAUAACGCCCCCGGUGCGCCCUGUACAGGAGGUCCACGCCCAUGUCUGAAGUCUAACUCCAUCCUCUCCACGUGCCUUCCUUGAUUGGGCGCAAACCUUUUCCAAGUUCAGCUGACGCCCUGCUGAGUAUCACAGCUGUUUUUAAGGUUCUCAUCAGCGCAUACCUUAAGGAAAAACAAAACAAACAAUUGUACGUACUUGUUGAAGUGUGCAUUUGGACAUUGUAAAAGACAUCACAUGGUGCUAAGUGGGUUUUUCGGGGUGGGGAUCAUUUCCUGUUCAGUAUCAUGUCUCGGAUAUCAAGAUGACGAUCAAAACUUCACCACAAGCACAACUGAGAAUCUGUUCUAUGCAAGCUCUGCCGCUACGCCCCUCUGUGUAUCACGAUCUAUUGUGUAUCUGAAUUCAACACGAGAGGCGACCAUAUCUCCCAUCUUCGCUGCAUUUCUCUCUCCUGCUGUCUCUCUGUCUUUCAUAUUUUGCUGCCAAGUCCGUUUGGACAUCAGGUCAGUGUGGAAGGAAGAGCGGUUGUCUAGGUUGGUGGAAUUUUCUGGAACUUUCCAGCACCGUGGCCCCUCAGGGUUCAGUACUGUGGCCCAUUAAAGUUCUACUGAAACAUGAGCAAGGAUCAGAGAGAACUCUUAGCAUUCCUCCUCAUCCUCCCUAGAGUGAUCAGUAUAGCUGUAAGUCCAGAAUAAGAUCCACAUGUAAAACUAAACGUCCCUUGAGCUCAGUGAGAUGUGCUGCUCGGUUCCUCCACAUGUAACUGUCUCUGCUUUUAAUGUCUGAUCUGAUGGGGCAUGGUUCAAUCCCAGCAGGCCUGGCCAUUGCUCUCACGCUGCUCCUCUUUCUCUUAUAGCUGACUGAAAUCAGCCUGAGCACUUCAGCGCUUUAGCAAUAGUGCUACUAAACCGGUGGCAGCACAUGCAGAGUAUUUUGAUACUAAUGACCCAUUUUGAUGGUAUUAAUAUAUCCUCAGAUGAUUAUAGGCAUCACUACGUCUAGUUACUAGUAGUAGGUGUAGAUUUGCGGUUCUCAUCAAUGCAGUUAGAUCAUUUCAAGAGGGCAAUAUGUGAAACUAAUCUCUAUAACAAGCCAACAGGUAUUACAGUAAACGCCUAUGAAGAGUCUAAACCUCUCGCCUCUGAUGCUGCAUCUUUUUUUUUUUUUUUUUUUCCUUUUGUAUAAUAGUGUUGUUCGUUUGGCGUUUUAUUUGGGAUGGGAGGCACAGCAUGCAGGAAAUGAAACCUGUCCAGAUAUAAAUGUACAUUUCAUCGAUGUAAUGGCAAAAAUGGAAUCUCUACAUCUUCUUACUGUAUACUUGUGUUUUACUACUAAGAGGUUAUGAAUUACAAUUUUGGCCAGUUCUACUGCGUUUUUAUGAAACCAUUGUUUGAGUAUAAUAUUGUGAAGAAAGAUUAAAAAAAUAAUAAUUAUUAAAACAGUAUUCUCAUCAAGUCCUGAACUUGGAUCUUCACUUGCUGUUCAGUCUUCAGUUUCAUUCACUGUACUAGAGAUAUUUAAAAGUGGAUUCGUCCUUAUUAUUGUUUC